UUAGCUAUCAAACUUUAUUCAAUGAGUGUUGUUAGGGUUUCUUAAGCUUCUCUGCAAAUCAACUCUUUAGUCUCCUGCGCCAGCAAUGGCAGAAGGAGUAUUGGAAGCUUAAUUCAAAACACCUCCUUCGAUAGAACUAUCUCCAGUAGUUUGAACAGCCAAGUCCCUAAUCUGGUUAGGAGUUUUGUCGACUUUUGUGCUGUUUGUCUGAAUGUCGAUGUUCUAUCCAAAGUUAGUGUCUCGACUAUCGAAUGGAUUUCAAUUUAGAUCCCUUCUACCUCAAAUUAGGGUUGCGGUGAGGUUAUUAACUGAAUCAUUCUCUACUGAGAGAUGCAUUCAGGAUAGAAAAUCUUAUAUAGUCUCUUAUCUGAUAAAUUCGUGUGGAUUAACAGCAAAGGAGGCUCUAUCUUCUUCAAGCAAGUUAUAUUUCCGAUCAGCAGAGAAGCCGGAUUCCGUUAUUGCUUUCCUGAGAAGCCAUGGAUUCACCGACGCACAAAUCUCCAAGUGUGCGAGAACAAACGCAGAGUUACUCGUUUACAAUCCUUCAAAGGUACUCUUACCAAAAUUCAAUUUCUUUCACUCAUUAGGAGUUUCCAACGACGAAUUGCCACUGUUCGUCUCGACUAAUUGGAAAGUAGUUAUAAUGAGCCUUGAGAAGCGGAUUCUUCCACUUCACAAGUUUCUCAAAGAUGAAUUCAAUUUAGAUGAUAAGAAAAUUGUUCUCUGUAUAAAGAAAUCGGCUUGGUAUGCCGGCAAAGACAUGCUAAGUAAUUUUGCUGCUAAUGUAUCUUUUCUCAGAGAACUCAAUGUUAGAAGAUCGUCUUUAUUGCAUUUGGUAUGCAAAAUCAAUAUCCUUCUUUCAAAACCUGUCCGGUUCAAGGAAUUUGUGAAUAAGGUUAUUAAUAUGGGAUUUGUUCCUCAGAAGUUGACGUUUGUUCAGGCUGUGUGUGUGUUCUCUAAUCUAAGUAAUUCAUUGUGGGAGUUGAAGGUUGGAAUUUACAGAGAGUAUGGUUUGUCUGAAACCGAGUUUCAAAUGGCUUUUAAACUGCAACCUCUUUGUAUGGGUUUAUCUGAGAAAACAUUAAGAUUGAAGAUGGAUUUCUUGGUGAAAAAGAUGGGGUUGAAGCCCGCUGAUAUUGCCCGUAUGCCAACUGUUCUUCUGUAUGACUUUGAGAAGAGGAUAAUUCCUAGGUGUUCUGUAAUUGAAAUGCUAAGGUCUAAGGGAUUGUUGAAGAAAGAAGUUUCUAUUUCGACUAUAGCCUACCCAUCUGACAAGUGUUUUAUUGAUAAGUUUAUCGCUAAGAACCACGAAAUUGUUCCUCAACUACUAUGCAUUCUUCGCGGUGAAUCUAUCCUCCCAGAUGUUGUAGAACUUUAGUGUGACAGUUCUUAGCGAUUUUGUUCUUAAACUCUUGAAUGGGGUUGUGUUGUUUAUUAGAAAUUAUUUGGUACAUCAAGGUGGACAUAUCAUUCUUGGGUGGUGGUCAUUUGGGCUUGUUUCUUACCCUGUUCAAUUUUUAUAACCAUUUGUUGUCUGAUU